AUGAGUGACAAAGAACGUGCAUUGAUUGCUAAAACACAUGAAGAAUUCGGUACUUGUUUAACAGCUGAACGAUUAAAAUUCGAUUUUCAGCAAUUAGGCAUAUCGCCUGGUAUGGCAUUGUUAGUUCAUUGUUCAUUGUCAAAAAUCGGCUGGAUUUCUGGUGGACCCGUGACUGUUAUACAAGUAUUAUUAGAUCUGUUAGGUCCUGAUGGUACUCUGAUUAUGCCUUCUCAUACUGCUAACAAUUCGGAUCCUAAGUAUUGGGAGAAUCCAUCGGUACCUUCCGAAUGGUUUGAUAUUAUUCGUCAAUCGACUCCAGGUUAUCAGUCUAAUAUAACACCAACAUUUAAUAUGGGAACAUUAGCUGAAACAUUUCGCCAUUGGCCAGGUGUUUUACGAAGUCAACAUCCACAAUUUUCAAUGAUUGCUAUUGGUAAAAAAGCAAAAUUUAUUAUUGAUAAACAUUAUGAUUCAUGUGGCGAGCAAUCUCCAUUAGCUCGCCUUUACGAUUGUAGUGAUAGUGGCUAUGUUUUAUUAUUAGGUGUACAACAUAAAAAUAAUACAUCAUUACAUUUAGCUGAAUAUCGUUUUCAGUCAAAUGAUAAUAUCGAAAAAGUUUUUAUUAGUGGCGCAUCAAUAUUAAAUUCAGAAACAAAUGCACGUGAAUGGUCUGAAUGA